CGUGUAUUGGUGCUAUACACUGGGCAUGUUAAAGAACCAGACUGUCUCUUGCAAAGAGCUAGGUUAGCAGGACAGAUUAUGCUAUAAGACUGAUGAUAUAGUAAAGUUUGAAUAUGGAAGAGAAAUUGCCAACCAACAUCUACACAUUCAAGGAUGAGAAACCCGCCAAGUUUGAUACCCACUACACUCCCAGUAUAAGAGAUCAGCAUGUUCCUCUAGUUAUAGACAAUGGGUCGUACCAUUGCAGAGCAGGUUGGGCAACUCAUCCAAAACCAGACCUGAUAUUCAAAAAUGUCACAGCCAAAUUUAGAAGUAGGAGAGAAAAGGAUGCAGAGGUUCAAAUUGGAAAUGACAUCAGUAACUUUGAGAUGGUCAGGUUAAUUAUGAGGUCACAGUUUGACAGGAAUAUCAUCACACAGUAUGAUGUACAGGAGCAGAUAUUUGACUACAUGUUUUCAAACCUGGGUAUCAACACAGAUGGGAAGGUUGAGCAUCCUGUUGUGAUGUCAGAGCCUGUAGCCAAUCCUAACUAUUGUAGACAACAGAUGUCAGAGCUAUUGUUUGAAUGCUAUGGUAUACCGAAGGUGACAUAUGGAGUGGACUCCUUGUUUAGCUGGUACAAAAAUCAUCCUCACCCAGCCAAGGCAAAUGCUAUGGUUAUUGGUUGUGGCUACCAGACAACACAUGUUUUGCCCGUGCUGCACGGGAGAAUAGAUCUAGAACAUUGUAGGAGGAUCAACAUAGGUGGCGCUCAUGUUGAUGGCUUCAUGCAGCGGUUACUGCAGCUGAAAUAUCCUGGACAUGUAAAUGCCAUCACACUGUCUAGGGCUGAGGAGCUUGUACGUGAUCAUACACACCUGGCUGUAGAUUUCCUGCCAGAGUUAGACGAGUGGGCAUCACAUGACUACUAUGAUGAGAAUGUUCACAAGAUACAACUUCCUUAUGCUAAUGCAACAAGUAACCUGAUAUCUGCUCAGCAGCAACAGGAACGUAGGCAACAACAGAUUCGCAGGCUGAAAGAACUUAAUGUAAAGAAGAGACAGGAAAGGUUAGGAGAGGAGGAACAAGAACUGAAGAAGUUGCUACAGUUACAGGAACUACUGGCUGAUUAUGAUGAUGAUGAUGAGUUGAAUAAUGCAUUAAGUGAGAAUGGUAUAGAGUCAGAAGAAGAGUUACAGGCCCUGAUAAACAAGUUGACAGUCAGUAUACAGAGAUUGAAGGCAGUUAUAGACGGUAAAGAACCACCACCGGAAGAACCAGAGCCUCGUAAGCCAGCAGUAUUUGACCUGUUAGAUGUUCCAGAUGACCAGUUGACGCCAGAUCAGCUGGUGAAGAAGAAACGUCAAUAUAUACUGCAGAAAGCAAAAGAAGGUCGAGCCAAGGCACAGGCACAACAGAGGGAGAAACGACAAAAAGAGCUGAUAGCAGAAAAGGAACUUGAAAAGAAAAGAGUAACAGAUUUUCAGAGCUGGCUGGCAGAAGUUAGACAAAAGAGACAGAAAUUGUUGGAAACUCGCAACAACCGUAAACAGAAGAAACAGGACAUGGCAAAAAGAAAAACUUAUGCUGCCCAACAGAGGAUGAGAAUCAUCUCUCAGCUUGCUAAAAACACAAAGAAGGAGGAUACAUUUGGGCAAGAUGACAGGGACUGGGAUGUCUAUAAGGAAAUUAAUCCCAAUAUGAGUGACAGUGACUCGGAGGCAGAAGAGAUACAAUUAGAGGAACUGGAAACAAUGCUUAAAGAACAUGAUCCUGAAUUCCAGAAAGAGUUAGACAAAGAAGCUGGGGAGUUUGAUAUAGCAGAGUACUAUAGGUUGCAUAUUGGUGUGGAACGUAUCAGGGUACCGGAGUUACUGUUCCAGCCAUCUAUGAUAGGUGUAGAGCAGGCAGGCAUUGUUGAAACACUUGACUAUGUGUUCAAGAAAUAUACACCGGAUGACCAACUGGCACUGGCUCAGUAUGUAUUUUUGACUGGAGGCUGCGCUAACUUUGGUCAGUUCAAACGAAGAAUGGAGCGAGAGUUAUUACAGAUGAGACCAUUCCAGUCCACUUUUAAUGUAUUUACUGCAGAAAACCCAAGUUUAGAUGCAUGGCUUGGUGCCCGGCAGUGGGUCACAUCUUCAGGUGUUGGGGAUGUGUGGAUAACUCGUGCUGAGUACCUGGAGAAAGGCGGGGACUAUUUGAAGGAGCAUGUGGCAUCUAAUCAUUAUUUACCCCACCCAGUACUGAUCAGCAAAUGAUGACUCGUGUAGUGUUUUCAUUAAGCAUGAUGGAAAUGUGUUAAGUAGGCUACAGAAAUGUGUUACACAGAGUACAGAAAUGUGUUACACAGGUUACAGAAAUGUGAAGAAAGCUAAUGUUUAAGGGAUUGUAUUAUGUCUACAGGUGCAUAAAACAUUUUUUGUGUUCACAUUACUGUCUGCAGUCAUAACAAAGUUUCAGUAAAUGUGCUUGUUGUGACAGCAGGAAAAGAAUGCAGCUUUUAAACUGACAGUCUAUGACAGCGAUUCACACUGAUAUCCCACUCUGAUGAAAUAAAAAACUCUGUGUGUUGGUUUUAUCUAGCUUGAUGGAAGACAGAUGACAGUGGUGAUAUGAUGUAUUGACAGUUUGUUCGGAUUAGAGAAGAUUUCAUUUCUAGGUGAAAAUAAGAAUAGUACCAGUCUUAUCCUAGUACAACAUGUGUGUUCAAGAUUUUAUGUGUAGAACUUAACUAAUAACUAAGAUGUCUCAAAACUUCUCAACAGAAAUGAAUAUUUUUAAUUACAGUGUGUUAGAUAUAACUUGUUUUGAUGUUUUGUCUCUUCUGAUAGUAUGUGAUGAGAAUAAAAAGUGAGAGUUAUACAUUA